CGUUCUCAAGAGUCAAAUUUUCCCUGGUUCCAAAGAGAUUACUCUCCCUUUCCCUCCAAAAACACAAGCACUUACACCUUCUACCUUCUCAUUUCAUACUUUAUUUUCUUUUCACUUCAGUUCAAUUGAUCUCUUCAGACCUCGAUUGAAGUAUACAUUGGCUAGAGGGAAGACGUAUUAAGGAAUCACUUUUUGCGAAUGGCAACCUUCAAUCGUACCAGGGCCAUUUGGCUUCUGGCACUUGCAACCUUGGUGUUAACUUUCAUUACCUUGGUCCAUGCACACAAGAAUGGUCAUGGGCACAGUCAUAGCAUUCCAAAAGACCAUGUUCAUGCCAAUGUUGAUCCCGAGAAAGCAGGUGGAUGCCCUUUCCAUGGCGCAUCGGAUGAGAAGGAGCAAAUGUAUCAUGCUUUGCCUAUCUAUGAUAAGGAUGGAAACUUGGUAGGCUCUGGAGUGGAGCAUGGUUAUGACACAGUGACGAAUAGUCGGAUGAAGGCUAUAUUUGCGUUCUUGUUCCCAGGAUCACCCAUGGUCAACUCAUUGUUGGGUACGACGUAUAUUUCCUUGAUCCCCAACCUGUUGCUAUACUUUGUUCCUCCAGAUAUCAAACCUGAAUCAUUGAAUACAUUAGUAGCAUUUGCGGUUGGUGGUCUAUUGGGCGAUGUAUUCUUACAUCUGUUACCUCAUUCGUUUAUGGGGGAGGUCCAUACAGGCGAUGUAGUGACAGCGAACGAGACCAAGAAUGUGGUGGUUGGGUUCGGCAUCUUUGUAGGCUUCUUUGGAUUCUUCUGUCUUGAUAAGAUCAUGCGAGUUUUGAGCGGUGGAGAAGGAGGACAUAGUCAUAGCCACGGUCAUGACCAUGGUCACGCCCAUAGCAAGAAGGUCGAUAGUGAGAACGAGCAUGAUCAUGAUCAUGAGCACAAAGACAAGGACUCAGGUUUGCGUCAACGUAAAAACAAUGCUGCUAAAGAUCAGGACACUACUGGAGACAAAACCAAGGUCGAAGGUGAAGGAAAGGACAAGAAGGAGAUUUCGAACAGUAUCAAAUUAUCAGCCUAUUUGAACUUGAUCGCAGAUGCGACCCACAACUUCACAGACGGGUUGGCCAUGGCAGCAUCCUUCUACACUUCACCAGCCAUUGGAGCGACUACGACAGUUGCGGUAUUCUUUCAUGAGAUCCCACAUGAGGUAGGAGAUUAUGCGAUUUUGAUCCAAUCCGGUUUCCCGCGUAGCAAGGCUAUGAUGUCUCAAUUUGUGACCGCAAUUGGAGCCUAUUUGGGUACCUUAGCUGGUAUUGCUAUUGAAGAGAUGAGCAAAGCCGGAGGAGAUCCAGCAUUGGGAGAAGAAAAAUUGGCACUAUUCGGGUUUGAAAGUAUCCCGAUGCGAGCAGGUGAUCUUGUGAUCCCAUUCACUGCAGGAGGAUUCUUGUAUAUUGCCACUGUUGGGGUCAUUCCAGAGCUGUUGACGGUCACUGGCAAGUUUGCAAAGGAUGCUCGACAAUUUGGAUCGGAAGUGAUUGCAAUGUUGAUUGGUGUUGGUAUGAUGGUUGUGAUUGCAUUGAACGAAUAAUAGAAAAGGUUUGCCUACAAGUAGUUUGCAACAAAUACCAUUACUAUUUAUUUAUUUACAAUGUAGCUUUCAUGUCUAUUACGUUGUCCUUUUUCUUUUAUACUUCUUAUACUUCACAGUAAAAGCUUGUAAAUCCGUUGGUCAUCGAAAGAGG